AUGGCCGUGGCCUCCUUUCUUGCCGGCGCACUCCCGUUGUCGUUCUCCCUUUCGCACUCACAGCUGCGGCUCAUCGCCUCUCUCGGGGCGGGGUUACUUGUUGGCAGUUGUUUGAUUGUUAUCUUACCGGAAGGAAUUGAGGCCCUUGCGGCGGCCUCGCAGCAACACCCACACCCACCCCCACAGCCGAAGCGGCGGGCGCUGGGUGGGAUAUCCGGACGAGCCGAAGAGGAGCAUGCGGGCCAGGAUCGCGAACUACCCGCUUUCAGCAUUGGAUUCGCUCUGGUCAUUGGCUUUGCGCUCAUGUUCCUCGUUGACCGACUGCCCCGCCAUGCGACAGAGAGGUUUCAAUCAGCGCCGACAAGUAGGCACGUCAGCCUGGAGGAUCUAGCUGGGUCAAGCGUGUCGGGAGAGGAGGAGUCAGAGGGCUUCUUGGGCUCCCUUGCGCCGUCGCCGAAGCAGAGCCGUAGUCUGGCCACUACGCUGGGCCUCGUUAUACAUGCGGCGGCUGAUGGUAUCGCGAUGGGGGCUUCGGCCACGACGUCCAACCUGAGCGUCGGCCUCAUUAUUUUCUUCGCGAUCCUAGUGCACAAAGCGCCAGCUGCGUUUGGGCUGACUUCGAUUCUGCUGAAGCAAGGCCUCUCAAAACGGGCGGCGCGGGUGCACCUCAUGGUGUUCAGUCUUGCCGCUCCCGCGGGAGCAUUGGCAACAUAUUUUAUCGUUUCACUAGUCGGAGGCGACAGCAUGGAGGGCGAGUCAGCACAGUGGUGGACUGGCAUGUUGCUCCUCUUCAGCGCCGGGACAUUCUUGUAG